CCUGCGGUCAUGGAUGAAGAGCUGUCGCCUUUGGACUGCCUGCUGCCCUCAGGCAAACAGAAGAUCGGUCUAAUCAUCCUUAACCAGCCUUUGGAUAAGGACUACCUUCACAUACUAUGGAGUAAAGCUGUUUUGACGGCAUGUGCUGAUGGAGCUGCCAAUCACCUAUAUAACAUGACUUCUGGACAAAAUGACAGUUUCCGCCCCGACUAUAUCAGUGGUGAUUUUGACUCCAUUACUGCCGACGUGCGAGCUUUCUAUGCCGAUAAGGGAUGUCGUCUGAUUGAAACAAGUGACCAGGAUCUUACGGAUUACACUAAAUGUCUGGUCAUCAUGUUGGACGAGAUUAAACAAAGAAAAUUGCAGGUGGAUGCCAUCGUGACACUAGGCGGGAUAGGGGGCCGAUUUGACCAGACGAUGGCGACUGUUGAGACGCUCCAUCAUGCCAUGUCUAUGACACAGCUUCCGCUGUUAGUCAUCCAGGAGACAAACCUGGCCUUUCUGCUCAGACCAGGCAAACACACACUCAGGGUAAACACAGGCCUGGAGGGGGAUUGGUGCAGCCUCAUUCCAGUUGGGGGACCAUGCUUGACAACCACAACAGGACUCAAAUGGAACCUGAAUAAUCAGUUCCUGCAGUUCGGGAAGCUGGUGAGCACCUCCAACACUUAUGAGUCAGUUGCACCCGGACAGCCCAGGAAGUGUGUAACAGUCAGCACAGACCAGCCUCUGCUCUGGAGCAUGGGCAUCCUUAAAACACUGCAAUGA